AUGAAUUCAAGCGGAAAUUCGAACGAAACCCACGAUUCACCGCCCAUUAUUGCGCCGCUUUUGAGUCUGGACACUUUUGCGGUGAGGCCGACAAAAUAGCAUUAAAUUUUCAUGAACUUGGCUCAUUUUUUGGCGAAAAACCACAAAUAUCAUCGAUUUUGACAAUUUUUCUUUCGAGCGUACAAUCACAAAGCGAUUAUUUGCAGAGAAUAAUGUUCCACGUGGCAUCCAACUCGACCGUAUCCACUGCAUCAUCCUCUUCCGAUUCCGACGACGAUGACCCGCUCCAGGAGCUCAUCGACCGGAUCAACCGGGCUCAGAUGGAAGAGUGCGACCGUCUGGCGAACUCGUGCGAGAACCGUCCGCUGUACACGUGGCUCGUCGGCUACGGCUUCAUCUUCGUCUUCCUCCUCGCCCUCUUCGGCAACUUUGUGAAUCUGAUGAUCUACAACUCGGACCACAUCAAAUACUACAUCGCCAUCCGCAUGCUCUGCACCCGACUGGUCAGUUUUCAAAAGGCUUCACUGAUAUUUUAAGUUUUGAAGCUCAUGAACUCGCUGACGUUGAUCUGUAUGCUUCCGCAAGCGCUGCGCAUCGUUUCCGCGUGGGAGCCCGGCUCGGACAUUGACAAAAUCUACUGGAACUAUUAUCCGUAUCAGAUCUACUUUGUCAACCUCUUCGGAUUCUGUGCAAUGUGGUGAGUGGCACAAACUCUAAUUGUUGGGCGGCUGACAUGAUUCAUGAACUUUGUGAAACUGAAAAAGUGCAUAGCACGGCUCAUUGCUCAUGUUUCCAGGCUAACGGUCCUAAUGACCGCCGAAUGCUACCUGCACGUCUUCUUCCCGUCCCACUCGAAAUCGUUGUGCACCAAGCGGAACUUGUCGCGCAGCUACUUGAUCAUUCUCUCGAUUGGAGCAUUAUUGGCGCUGAUGUAUAAAUUCAAUCGGAGUGUGACGCUUACCACUCACUGCAAUCGGGUCAUUCCGAGCAUUCACGCGUCUGAAGGUACUUUCUCUCUGUUUCACCUCCAUUACAUUUGUGCUCGAACCCAAUUUUCAGACUUUAUAAUGGUUUGUCUGGAAAAAGUGCACACGUUCGCCAACCUCCUCUUCGCUAUCGUCGUUCCGAUGGGUUUGCUCCUCUUCAUGGCCAUCUCGAUUCUCUGGAAGCUCGUGCUGAAACGAACCGAUUUCGUGUCCCAUUUCACGUACGCCCGCGCCCAAUCCAUCAUCCACAGUAACCCGCUUUUUUUAGAGCCGAAAAGCGUUGUGUGACCCGAAUCACUCUGAUAACCACUGGUCUCCAACUGAUCGCCGAACUCCCACCGAUCCCUGUCUUCUUGUACGCAACCAUCUUCGGACCGGCUGUCACCAACGAGCCUGCGAUUUGUGUGUGGAACACCAUUGGUAAGGCCCAGUACGCAUGAAGGCCGAUGUACAUAGUUUCGCUGUUUCAGCCGUCUUCCUGGGCCUCUGCAACGUCUCCUUGUCCUUCUUCGUCUACCUGGUCUUCUCGGAUAAAUUCCGUGAAAUGGUCAAGACGUGGGUGCCAGAACAAGUCAAAAAACCACAAAGAUUUCUGAUCACUUGCCCUGGAAACUAGCAAUUUGGGUAGACAGGCACAGACAACAGAGCAAUUAUGCGAUGCGUGGGCUUUUCUGAUGAUCAGUGGGCGAUCGGAAUGCGUCGGCGGGUUCUUGACGUGUGCAAACACGAAUAUUGUUGACUCAUAGGUUUCGAAAUCCUAAUGGCGUUUGUACCAGAGUUGAGCGGAAGAACUCAACGCAAGAACACGGAAGAAUUUUUAUCUUUUUUAGAAAAUUUUUUCAUGAAAUGUGAUCAACUGACGAAAUGUAGAGCAAAGUGAACUCUGCUCAUAAAAAAAUUAUUGUAAAUUUAACUUUUUAUACAAAAAAGUUAUUCGAGUUCUUAUUCGUUUGCCCUUUUUUCACGGAACAACUCGCGUAACUUUUUUGUAUGAAAAGCUAAAUUUACAAUUAUUUUUCUAUGAGCAGAGUUCACUUUGCUAUACAUUUCGUCAGUUGAUCACAUUUCAUGAAAAAAUUUUCUAAAAAAGAUAAAAAUUCUUCCGUGUUCUUCCGUUGAGUUCUUCCGUUCAACUCUGGUUUGUACGUUCUCCUUAGAAAUUUACCGACCCGUUAAAACUGUUAGGAUAGAUAAUAUUGACAGCUCGAUACAUACAGUAGUACCGCUUCCAGCCGACUCUCGGAACUGCUGCCGUGUGUCUCGUCUCCUCGCUCCCUCGUCCACUAUUCCAAUGAUUCGUGCGACCCGAAACUCCGCACCAACCUCCUGGCUCGUGAGCAAAUCAAAAUGAAGCAGCCGGAGACCGAAUGUAAGGAUUUUCAUUCGUACAAAAAAAGUGAUCGUCGGAUUUUUUUUUUGUGAAUGACUAAUUUUUGCAGCGUCCGUGUGCACUGAAACCUACCUGCUCAACGAGAAAUCCUCGGCCAACGAUGACUCGUUCUUGUGA